AUGACCAGCCAGGAAGAUGCAGAGAGAGUUAUACGGGAGCUCACUGGCGAAUACAAAUUAGAGGAGAAUGUGUUUGAGAACGGCAGAAAGUUCUUGCGCGACCUUCUUUUAUACAUCGACGCCAAAGGUUUUAUGAGAGCUAUAAUGCGUAAAGAAUAUCCAUAUGUAUCUUUUAAGAUCCACUCUAGUCACAUUGAAGUUGAGUUCAACGACGACGGUUUUACAAAAAGAGAUCUAGAACACAUAUGCUUGCCUUCCACCAUCGAGGAGAAAAGCACUGGUGAAGAUGGUCUCAGCUCGGUCUUCAAAUCUACAGCCAAGACUUAUCUCCAGUCAGGUAACUUCUCCCUUGACUUGCGUCUCACUUCAAGCGAGGGGAAAAUAAAACCAGUUUGGGUAUCGCCAGCUGCCUCGAUACCUGAUACACUAACGCGCAUGGUUGUCUAUUUUCACGAUUGCGGCACCGAAGAACAUCUGGAACGCCUGAAGAGCGUUAUUAUGGCACAAUUUGAAGGCUUACAAGCUGAGAGUUUGCUCUUUCUUAAAGCUCUUCGUCGUAUAGACGUUAAGUUCUACGGAAAGGGCAGUGAGCUCCAUCAAUCCAAGCAAUUCCACAAGUAUGGAAUGAAAGACAAUCGUGAAUUACUCAAAACCACCAUUAAUAGCCACGGUAAAGACGAAGAAAAAGGACAAUUAUUUUAUGUGGUAGGCCGGGGAGCUAGGUUCUCUCUGCCGGAAUACCGAAGAAAUGUUACAUUGGCGUUCCCACUGACCGAGGCCGGCAAACCCUUAAUUGACACUGGAGGAAAGGGGCUAUUCAACGUUUUGCUUGUUAGCAAAUCAAAAUACAACUUUCUGAUGGACGCCGACUUUGAUUUCAACAAUCAAGACAAGCUUAAGCCUAACUCAAAAAGGAAUCAAGAAAUUCGCGUUUGGAUCGCAGCCGCGUUCUUGCAAGCCAUUUCCACGUUUUGCGCUGACCCUAUUCUUGUUUACGAAUGGCCAUUAUUUCUGCCUCUGAUCACUCACCAGACCCCCCUCAGUCGAGAGAUCCGAUACAUGACUCAGAAGAAUUUUUUGGUGAAGGUCGAUAAUCAGCCAAUGUUACGAUGCAUGAAUGAGAUAACGAUCCUACCAGACCAUUUGAAAGAUGAGAACGGACGACCGCUGCUAGACCCUUUUGCAGAAGACAUGGUCUUGUCGUCAGACUAUCCUCAACGCGUGGUGGAGAUCUUCAAGGAGCACGGGGUAAAAGUCAUGGAGGACGAGACUCUUUUGAGACGCCUGGAGGCCGAUAUGGGGUUUCGAAUCAUUAAGACGCAUCAUAAAGAUACUACUGAGGAGUGGCAUGCAAGAAUGGCGCGAUUCCUUCUCCGGUUCCUGGAAACUUCAGGCUUCAAUGCUUCGAGGGUCAAGUCUAUUGCAAUUGUGCCUCUGAAAGGUGGAAGAUGGACGGCCAUGAUAUCUGGUCCUGUCUAUUUUCCGCGUACGGGAGACAUUUCCAUCCCGGACUCCAUUAAUUUGAGGGUGGUGGAAUCAACUGCUACACAAGAUCCAGAUCGGUAUGCACUGUUCAAAUGCCUUGGGGUCACUGAGCCCCCCAUCGACAUGGUCAGGAAAUCGAUUCUCAAGACUCUGGCCACAUCGGAUACUAUUCCGCUGAAAUUUGUCAAUGACUAUCUCCAAUAUCUCUAUCUCACGCAUGAAGCUUGCGACUGGAAACCGGAGCAGUACCAGGAAGUGCAAGUUCUGACGACAGACUCAAAGCUUGAGAGUCCAUGGUCUAAGACAAUCUACCUACCAGGCAAGGGUCACCCAUUAAGUGCUGAAAGCCUUCUAGGGUCUUUGAAGCCAGAAUCCUCGCUCCUUGGAUCUUUCUUGCAUCCUGAAACUUUGAGCUAUGUUCCAACUCAUUGCAACUCUUCAAGCAUCAGUUGGAAGAGAUGGCUUUGCGAGUACGUCGGUUUAAGGGAAGACAUCUGCCUCGAAUCGGAUGGGACUGGAAAACUAUCGUCUGAUUUCCUUCAUAUUGUAAGUCAAAGUCCAGAGAAGCUUCUGGACCUCCUUGAACAUCUCCUGCCUAAAUGUGAGGUAGAGUUAUCGGAUGAGUCAGCCAUCAUAUCCGAGGUUCGACAACUUUCUGCAAGCAACCUUUGCGAUGUUGAAUUCAUUUGCAAGUUACAGGAUACUUGGCUUCCUCUCAAAACUCUCACUGAUAUAGUUGAGUCAUAUAUGGAACAGCCCGGCCAGUUCCCUUUUUUGAGAUCCAUCCAAGGCAAUACUGGAGAUAUCGACACAAAGUGGAACUUCCUAUCCGAAUAUCUUCUUGUUGGCAAGGAAGACAAUCUCGACUUCCGUCUCGAGAUCUUGCGUUCAAUCCGUCGCUCAGAUCCUAAGAAGGAUCCGGAUCGUCAACUCCAAAAAGUCCUGGACUUAUACGCUUCCCUAUAUGCCCAGCUCACUGUUCCCGGAGAAAUGACCACUGACAGAGAGAAGCUCAGAAACUUCUUCGGUGAAUCCGGCAUCGCCUACUUCAACGGUAAAGAACUUGAGUGGACAAGUUCUUCGUUUUGUUUGUGGGAUGCACCGCCAGACAUGGUCACAAUGCGCUCACUCAAGUCCUGCUACGAUAUGCAAGGCUCAAAUGCUGAAGUUGGAAGCGCCCUACAGAACCUUUUCCUCAAAACACUUGGUAUACCAAAUGUUAGUCUUAAGCAAAUUGUGGCAGAGUUGAAUGAACUGCGCCUUAGAAAUGACGAGGAUCCUGCAAAGAUUCUCCGGCUUUAUGACUUCUUGAACAGGAAUAUUCCCUCGUCUCAGGACAUUAGGGCUUUAUUUGAGACCUCGCCGCUUAUCUUCAUCCCCGACGGUCCAUAUAUAGGUUGGCAUAAGUCCACUGAGGUCUUGUGGUCUAGCAACACAGACCUAUGUGGUAUGGGAACCUUGGACGACACUUACGGAACACUUCGUGAGCUCUUCGUCGCUAAACUUGGAAUUAAGCCAUUGUCGCUGAGAAUACUUUACGACCGCCUGAUUAAGUCUCCCAAGAGCAACCCGCAACAGAUGAAAGAAGCCAUUUUCAUCCUAAAUGAUUUCCUUCGGAGCGAACCAGCAUUCCUGGAUCCGCAGCCUGUUAGAAAUGCUGAGAUAUUCCCUAUCAGAGAUCCUGGUGGAACAGUUUCUUUGAGGUCUGUAGAAACCGAGUUUGCCAUUGGAGACAAUGACAACUUGAGAAUGCGGUUCGAAAAGCGAAUCAGUUUUCUGGACUGCAGUCUCGUGGAAUUCCAUCGUCUAAAGCCUUUCUUUCAAUGGCUCAAGGUUGAAGAUCGCUACUUGUCUAGAUGUGUCCAAGACAGUGUGACGAACGUCACAGAAGGUCUACAUCAGCCAUUAAGACCUUUGGUAGAUUAUACGAAACUGGAUGUGACAGAUAAGGCCCGAUAUAUCGCUCGUGUUGCGUCGAACUUCGGUAGCCCUCGUUGUCUAGCGGGGAUCGAAGCCCUAUACAGGCAACUAAGCAGGGUGGAAUGUUUCGAACUGCGGAAUAUGAAAUCCGUCUUUACUAUAGAACAGAAGGGUCAGACGUUUGUGUCAGAGAGUCAGACGCCCACGGCACAUAUUUUUGAGUCUGGCAGAAGACUUACGAUCUAUGUUCCCAUGGAUCCCGCAACACAGGAUGUCUGUUUCCGCUCAGUAUUGCCCAGAAAGCUCGCAACAUGGAUCAUGCAGGAUCCCGAAAGUAGCGACCGACCUUACGUUGACAUCGAGAUGGUCAAUGCACUGACUGCUAUCUUAGCCAGCGAGACGACAUCUCUCGACGAGAUUCUUGAUGAACUAGGAAUUGCCAGAAUAUCGUAUGAUGGCCUCAGCGACGACGGGGAAGAAGUCGCGAGACAGGGAGUAUCAUUCAAAAAUGUCGUCGAACGGCCCCGAAAGGCAGACUCGGUGUUGUUUGGUAUCCCCGUUAGCAACACGGGCAAAAGUUUGUUUGUUAAGACGGUUGAUCAGACCGAAGCCAACGUUGGGGCUGAGUGA